AUGGCGCAGGACGAUCAGCUGUUAUUCGAUGGCUAUCUUCCACAGCUGCAACAAGCUGCCCAGCUGAUGGUGGCAGCCCCGGUGCAGCCCCAAGGGAACAUGGGACUUCAGCAGGUCCAAGCAUCCCCGGGCACGCCAGUUCGCAGGUCCAUUGCCACGCCACAAAGAAACCAGAGAACCCCUGCGCGCGCGCCUCAAGGCUUGGGGAAAAGGAGACGGCCGGAUCCGGCACGACGAUCUCCUCUCUCCCAAGAGUAUCCAGAGCUGGACCCAUGGGCAAGCCCCUGGACAGUCGAGGGCUCCUUCUCAAGGCCUUCGAAUGCGGGGCCCGACCACUUCACGAGGGAUCUCAUGACAAUGGUUACCCAGCUGACCUUGCGGCAAGAAGAUCUGCUACUACGCAUGGCCCAGGACACAACACAUGUCUGGACGAUGAAGAACUCUCAGGCGGGCGACUCAGUGGUGUUGCAGAUGUACCAGGAGAUGGUUCGCUGGCGACAACAACAGCAGGCCGACAGGACGCAGCUUCGGCAAACCUUGCGGGGUGCAGUGUUGCUUUUCCUUCUGCAGCAGAUCGAGGAGCGACACCAGAGUCUUCUGGGGGAUCCCACCAAAGUUGCUGCGCUAAAGCGCAAAGGCUGGCUCUCCCAAGGCGGGGAUUGGCACUACAUGAGGUGGGAGAGUCAGAAGGAGGAGCUCACUCCGGACACCCAACUUGCGACGAUGAGUCCCACUUCCUUUCUUCAGGACCUGACAGAGAUCCGAACGUUCCUGGAGCUAUCCCCGGAGGGGUUGCUUCACAAGUUCCAGGCGACACGUCGCCUGACGGGCGAGAUGCAGGGACCCAUUGUCACCUUUCUUUCAGAGAUAUCACUGCGGCACGCAUCCGGCGACGACCUGUUUCACAUCUUGAAUCGCUGGUGCGGGUUGGCGUCUCUGCUGAUCGUUGGCCUCCAGAUCAAGCAAGCCCGGCCGCGACGUCAUGCCCUGGCAACGGCAGUUCUGACUUCUGCCCUCUUGAAUCCAUCCAAUCUUUGCUAUGUGAAUACCUUUGCAGUGUCAUAUGCUUGGUGCUUGGCAGCGUGUGAAGGUGACCUGUGCUCGUUCCUGGGGCGCUCCUGGGAGGCUUUUCGUGUGUUGCUUCAACGUUCUGCCAAACCCUUUCAGCUCACAGGUCUUUUAUCAUGGCGCAUUCUUUUACAAGGCUGGUCAGACAUUACUAGUCAACACGAUGCAGCAGAGUUUGCAGAUUUUGUCCUGGGCAGACUGGAGCGAAUCCUCUGUUUUGGGACGUGGGAAGCUUGGUUUGUGCAGGGGGGACAGUUGGUGAGAAAAUUUGACCAAGGCUUGAACAGACAUAUACAAGUGACAGUUUCUCCAGGUGAGCAGUCUCUUGCUGACUGCAUUGGGGCAUGGGCAACACAGGAGGCACCGACGGAUCUUGAGGAUAUCCACCUUCGCCACACCCCACUUGUGUAUAUGCUCUGCUCACCACCACCACCUUUUCUGCUGCUCCAGAUCAAGCGUUUUGGCAACUCCAUGGCAGGCACACAGAAGAUGUUCGCUCCUGUGUGCUCCGAGGCUGGUCGUGCAUAUUUCAUUCCUGUACGUGUGAAUGCUGCCACCGUGACUCUCCGUGCAUAUUAUCUGAUCGCUGUGAUCUAUCAUCUGGGCGAGACUACCACUAGUGGUCACUACAAAUGCAUUCUGCAUCGCUACGUGACAGGGAGAUGGAUGAGCUGGGUUACGGAUGACGGGCGCACCGCCGCGGUUGCGACAAAAGCUGAUUUGCAGACUGCCGCGUGCAAUUCUUAUCUGGCAUGGAUGCAGCACGCCUCUGACAUUCCAGAUGAGACCAUGUCCCUGACUUGA